AUGUCACGGCUAAUUUAUUUUUUUAUGCUAUUAUUUGCUUUCAUUUGGUCUGCUUCAGCUCAGGUUUCAACAAUUAACACGCCUGCAGGUCCCGUUGCAAUUGGUGCUACUAUUACUAUCACCUGGGUAUAUACUCCACAAACGAAUCCAAUUCAAGGCAUUUUAAGUAUUGUCGAUAGCACAACCCAAAACACAGUCAUAAUUAGCAGUACCAUAACUCUCAGUACUCAAUCUUUCCAAUGGACAGUCAAUGUUCCCGCGGGCACUUAUUACCUUGCUCUCAACGACGGUUCUGGUAAUAAAGAUACUGGAACUUUCACAGUCUUCACACCCGGAGGUACUACUAGUAACUCUACUGCUCCAGCUCCAGCUACUUCUGGUGCCGCCGCUCCAGCAGCUCCAAAAGCUCCAGCAGCUCCUUCAGCUCUUCCAACUGCUACGGCUGCUCCAAAAGCUCCAGCAGCUCCUUCAGCUCUUCCAACUGCUACGGCUGCUCCAGCUUCAUCUCCAGUUUCAUCCAAGGCUCCUCCUAGUACCACUCCCGCUCAACCAACUUCUUCUCCAGAACAAUCAUCUUCAUCUAAUGUUGGGAUUUAUAUUGGUAUUGCUGUAGGUGGUAUUGUAAUUGGUGCAAUCCUUUCUUUUGUUGGAUAUCGUGUAUAUAAAAAACAUCAAGAUUCAAAUUUUAUUCCAACGCCUAGCAGUGCUGAUCUAAAAUAA